AUGGCAUCACUGUGUCAGACUCCUCCCUGUUUCCUUGAACCUGAUGAAGAUAGCUGGAUAGAUUCAGCCAGGAAACAAUUGGAUACAUCCACCUGGCCAGGAUCUAUGUAUGUGCCUCUAUCCAAAGGACAGGUUUACGAUGCAGUGUGUGAACAAAAAAAAAAAGGGCAGCAAAACUGGAAAGUCUGUCUAAAUGUUAAUCCAAUUUCUCUUGAGAUUAGCAUCAAAACCAAGGAGGGAUAUUUGGAGAUAAUGGGUAAAUGCAUUUGUAAAGAAAAAAGGCAGGAAAAUCAUGGAUCAGUCUCCAGAAGCUUUACAAGAAAAUACAAGCUUCCAGUCGACUUCGACUUAAAACAGAUCAGCUCCAUGCUGUCUCCAGAUGGUACUCUUUCAAUAGAGGCCCCAUUACCUGGCUCUAAUCUCAGUCUUCCUGAAGAGAUUGUCAUCCCAAUUCACAUUAUUAUUUACCUGCAAAGUAACUCAUAG